UACCACUUACAUGAAUUCAGUCAAAGGGACUCAAAUGAAGACGACGAAGAAGAUGAUAACGAUGAAAACAAAGCCUCCGAUUUUGUGUCGUUUAGAACAAUAUCGCCUGGAGCAGGCUAUGUUCCAGAUUUUGAGAGUGAUGAGGAAGAUGGUGACAAAGACGAAGUCGAACAACUGUUGGCAGACGCUGAAGAUAGACACGGUUUUCAUACAGUUCGGAAGGAGGUGGUGAAACCCCACAAACCUUUAGUAGGGGUAGAAUUUGAUCCAGCAUGGAACAAAAAGAUCGGAGCAGUAGAAAAAACACCAAAACCGCCACAACAGGAUGAAGAUUCUCCGGCAGAAGAAGUAGACAGUGAACCAGAAAAUUAUAUCGACCACGCGAGUCCUAGAAGCUGGUUAGAGGAAGUGGACUUCGAAUGUGAAUCUGAAGUCACUUCAGACCCCGAAAGUGAGUAUGAUGCACCUCCAGACUUUGAAAGCGAUUCCGACAGUGAUGCACAAGAUGAUAAACCAGCGAGUUCGAAUCCUGUAGACGCAUGCAUGACAAGAAUGACACUGUCCCAAAAUGUGACCAUCGAGUACCCCGAUAGGUACCACGUGGAUCCUACACGAGCUGUCACGUGGUCACAAGAGAAGAGGGCUGCUGAACUAAGGGAUAUUACUCUGCGAUUCAUGGAGAAAAUGUGCACAGAUAUUUAUUUGCUAGUAGAUAAAAGGGACAAGAAAAAAGUGCUGGUAUUUGAUCAGUCUGACGAAGCAGUUGUUACUUUUUCUGUAAAAGUAAAUAAAGGCGAAAAAGAUGUCGGGUAUAGGUAUGAGGCAAGGAUAAAGAACAAGUCCAAUUGGGUAACCAGAAUGGCCUAUUGCGAGGGAGACGAAAUAAAAUUCCACGCAACAGAAGUUGAAUCGUUCUACAUCGUCAAGAUCCCCAUAAAAGAAACAGAAAUAAUUCAACCCGAGGGGAACACAUUGUCUUUCAAGCACUCAGGGGGCGUGUCCAUGGAUAUGCCAUCACAAACUGUGGAAAUACCUCAACCAAUUGCUAUGCAGCUCAGUAAUGUGGAUAAACGUGCUAUGGUGAAACGUCACAGUUUAUUCCCAGAGAAGUUCAAGCUCCAGAAAGUAUCCCAGAGGUUGUACGUUCAGCACGACAUCGAAAAGUUUAACAAAUCCUUUUCCGUGAAGCUAGAUCUAGAGAGUUUCCGAGACACUGAUGCUGGCCCACUGGAACCAGUGGCGAUCCUAUGGAAUGAUGGGGAACCUACGAUUAAGUCCAAGGCAGAGUGUUCCCUGAGUCAAGAGGCGAACAGAGUCGUCAUGACAAUGAAGAAUUUUCCUAAUAGAUCGGGAUUAUCAGUUGGCUUAGUUGCGCCUGGGAAGAUGAACCAAGAUGAGGCUAAACUAGCUUACGCCGAUGUAUUCAUGUGUAAAAUUACCAUACACAUAAAGAUUGUCAAUCCCCAGGAAGCCACGGUUUACAUCAACUGCAUUAUGAUAGAAAACUUACCAAGCCUUCUGGACCAAUAUAAGCCACUGUGGUUGAUUGGUAUAUCAGAAGACUUCUAUUUGAAAAACUUUCAAAGAAUCCGUAUACAUCUAUCCGGAAACUCUAUACGAAAAAGGUCCAGCAGGCAAAAGGUGCUCAACUGUUUCAUAGUGUUUUCAAAUCGAGCAAGGGAAAAUUGUUUGUCUUUUAGAAUUGAUAAGGACACUAGAAUGGGUGGGUGUCCGAACACGGUUUUGGAUUUUAGUUUAGACAGUGGUUCAAAGAGGAAACUCCAUCGGCAAGAGUUUGACCCAUGGAUGCUCGUAGGGAGGAAACCCGGAUGUCUUGAUAAAAGUUCUGUUUUCACAUUGUCUAAAGGACAGACGUUUGUUGGUUUAAAGACACCAAGACCCUUAUAAGCUUUGUUUGGUGUUUUGGGUUUUUCUUAUCGUGUGGUAUUUUCAAAUUUUAUAAAUAUGGAUGGUCUUAUUAUUAAAAGACACAUAAACUCAUGAAUGAUUAAUAUUUGAAUAGAGAGUAGUUUAUUAGCAUGUGUGUAUUUUGGGUAUCUACAGUAAAUAUAUACAGUAUCCACAGCAGUACUCCAAUUGGACCAUAAUUCCUUUCCGCCUUGUAUGCGGACUGAGUUGUCUUAAUUUAUAAUCGAAAUUAUCGAUAUAAUUUAUGGAUUUUGAAAUUGUGCAUAUAAAUUUUUGUAAGAGGUUUUGGGUGUCAGAAAAAAUACUUGCAACAGUGCAGUAUAUUAUGAACUAAGUAGAUUUCCACUAGAAAUAUUCAGGAAACAAAAUAAAUUUCAAUACUGAUUAAAAUUAAGAAACAGUAAAAACUGUAUUUAAAAGCAUGGUACGAAGACGUGGUGAGAAAAAAUGACAUAUGGAUUUCAAAUGUUUGGAAAGAAUUGUGCACCUAAGGCUUGACCAAUUUGUAUCACAGUUCUAUGGAAGAAUCUGCUAUUUUAGAUAUUAUAUAUGAUAGAAUGUGUGAUGUCUUUAAAAAAUUUAAACAAAAAGUUGUUAACGAUAUAAGCAAUGCGUCAAAAUGUAUGUUGUAUAAACAUGUUGUUGAUCACUUUUGUUUACAAGUUUAUCUAAAGAAAUCAAUUCAUGUGAAAUAUCGUAAAUUAAUUACACGAUUACGGUUGUCUUCACAUGACUUAAAGAUUGAAACAGGGAGGUAUGAUAAUUUAAAACGUGAUUGUUGAAAAUGUGACUUUUGUAACUUAAAUGAGAUUGAAGAUGAAUUACAUUUUUUACUUAUUUGUCUAUCACUUCGUCGUUUAAGAGAAAAGUAUGUCAAAAAAUACUACUCCCGAAAACCAAGUAUGUAUAAGUUAUACAGUUACUACGUUCCUCGAAUACUAAAGAACUGUGUAAUUUAGGGAAAUAGAACCAUUUUAACAAGAGCUUGGACUUUGGGUAGUUGUGUCAAACAGCAAUGUGACGCAGGCCUGUCUAUUUCAUUGCUGGCCACUCAACCAUGCCUCUUUGAAAUCAACAAGAUUUGUCUGGCUUUUGAGCCAAGACUACACAAUCGGUGUAUAUUUCGCUUAAAACCAGCGUCAUUUUUAACUUGUUUUGACGCAAGAAAUAGAUAGCUACCUCCUACUGAAAGUCCAAGGCCUUGUUAAAAUGGUUCUAUCUAUAUUAUGCAAACAAGCAUCAAACUCUUCAUGAGAAUAAUCAAAAUUGAUUAUGUACACUUUGUAUAUUGUUAUCCUGUUGUAUCUAAUAUGUAUGUUUACAUGUAUAACCUAUGAGAUAUUUUGCCUCUUGGAAUAAAGACCCUAAUAUGCUUACAAUAAUAUACUUAUUACAGCUUAAUUAAAGUUGCAGGUUAAAAUUGCAAGCUAGUUUUAUUAAAAAGAUAUCCAUAGUUGUGAUUAAUGUGUGUAAAGCGAUUAGGGUCAACUAAUUAGCAUUCAAACUCCAUUGCUAAAUAUUUCUUUGAUUUCAAAUUUCUCAUAUCUACGAACACAUUUCUUCCGUAUAUUAUAAUUUUGGAGGAUGUCUUUUGAUCAUAGACUUAUGGAUUCAGCCUAGCAAGUUGUCUACCUUUGACUUGAAGGGCGAACCACUUCUUUGACACGCCAAAUUUACAAACAUGAACUGAACAUAAUUUCACAUUUGAUAAGCAUGGUUUAUCGACUGUUUGUCAUAAUCAACAAACCGUAAACAAUAGUUAACGAUUAAUUAACUAUAAAUGUACUUAGAUUUGUAAAACUAUAUUUAGUGGUCGUGAACUAUAGUUUAUGAAUGAUAAUCUACAAGUAAGUUUAUCUAUCUGUAAACAAAAUAAUGUUAACAAUAUAUUUUGCUUCUAAAUAGAGAUUCAUAUAUGAAAGCUAUAAUUUAUAUUCGUUAACUAUAGUUAUAAGUGUUGUUAAUCAAUCAUGAAACUUCAUUUAUCAGAUAAACAAUGUUUUGCACUUGCAAAUGAUUGUUUUAAGUGUUUUAAAAUUAGAUUAACAGUUC